AUGGCUCCCAAUGCUAUCAUUGCCCCCUCCAUCUUGUCCGCGGACUUUGCACAACUCGGAGCGGAUUGUGCAAGGACAAUAGACCAGGGCGCAGACUGGCUUCAUGUCGACAUCAUGGAUGGGCAUUUUGUACCAAACAUAACAUUUGGCGCCCCUGUUGUUGCAAAGAUCCGUCCCCACGUCGACAAGCCCACUACUGCCCAUGGCCGGGGCACCUUCGACUGCCACAUGAUGAUUGCGGAGCCAAAACGAUGGGUAAAUGAGUUCAAGAACGCCGGUUGUGAUCUGUACUGCUUCCAUUACGAGGCUGCUUUUUCCACCGCCGCCGAGACCCCCUCGGGCGAGAGCGAGUUGAAGACAAACCCCAAAGAAUUGAUCCGCUACAUCCACGACUGUGGGCUGCUGGCCGGCAUUGCAAUCAAGCCGAAGACAGGCGUUGAUGUGUUGUGGGAUAUUCUCGAGAACCCCAACGAAAAGGAGAGGCCCGAUAUGGUGCUGAUCAUGACGGUCGAGCCUGGCUUCGGCGGCCAGAAGUUCAUGGCUAGCGAGCUGCCAAAGGUCCAGGAGUUGAGGAAGAAGUACCCCGAUCUGAACAUCGAGGUGGACGGUGGGCUGGGACCGGCCACCAUCGACCAAGCCGCGGAUGCCGGCGCAAAUGUCAUCGUGGCAGGAAGCGCCGUGUUCGGGGCCAAAGACCCUUCCGAGGUCAUCUCCUUGUUGCGCAACUCGGUCCAGUCCAAGACUGGAAAACUUUGA